AUGGACGUGCGCGGCGUUUGCCAUAUCGUUAAGCUGGUUGUGUGGCACCGUAGCGAUGUGUUGGACGCCAUGUCGGUGUCGUACGACCGGGACGGCCGGGAGGAGGAGACCGAGCAGUGGGGUUCCCCUGCAGGAGAACCCUCAGAGAUUUGUUUGGAGGCGGACGAGUACCUCACCGGCGUGGAAGGGCACGUAGACUAUUCCGGUCACGGGCUCAUUGUGAAAUCACUCACUUUUGUCGGCAACCGGCGCACUUUUGGACCUUAUGGGGAGAAGCAGGGUGCUGCCUUCGAGCUCCUUGCAGCGGGCGGAAAGAUAAUCGGCUUCCAUGGGCGUUCAAAUUCAUAUGUUAACGCGCUUGGCACCUACGUCAAGAUGUACUCAUAA